AUGAAAUCCUUCCCGCGUCCAGGCAACUGGUUGUUCAUAGUGCCAUGGAUCGCCUUCAUACCGUGGUACGGUAUGCUCAUCACCAUGCUCAUCUGCUGGGCAGCAGAGGGCCACCCGGUCUACUGGUUCAUGCACACGCACCAGUUCCCCGUAUACAUCUCGGAUAUCGGCGCAACAAACCUAAAACCGCUAUUCAUCUCCUGUUGCGCAUGGCAGGGCCUGGGCUACGCCAUCACAGUAGCACUCGAAUACUUCCAGCGCUCGGGCCAUUGGCCCUUCGCGCUACCGCACGUGACAGACGCUGACGUGCUCGAAUCGGAGCACGUUUCCCGCGACCGCGCUUCUUCCACUUCCACUUCGUCCACCGGCGGUUCUUCUUCCCCAACUAAACAUCCGAAAAACACAUACUACGUCGAAGCGCUAGUACAGCACAAAUACGUCAUGCCGCCCUUCUUCACAAAGCACGAGCGUAACCUCGUCUGGGCAUCCUUCGUCUUAGCUUGCAUUGGAGAACUCGCGUUGCUCAUGUGCACCAUCUUCUCCACAAAUACGUACCCUAAGGUGCACAGGUCCAUGGUCGGGAUUUUCUGCGCCGGAUUCGGACUUAGCGCGGUGUGCAACAUCGCGCAGUACACGACCAUGGGCCGCCAUUACGCGGUGGUACACCCAUUGUGUGCCGCCGAGGACCUCGGCGCCGAGACGCGCUGGAAUCACUGGCGCGGUCACGUGUGGAACAAAUACACCAUCAGCGGCUGCGUGAAGUCGUUCUGGCUUGUGGCUGCGUUCACGUGGGCGAUCUGUUUCUGCGCGGUGCCGAACGAUUCGACUAACGCGUGUUUCGAGUGGCUUCUCGCGUUCUGGUUUGGGCUCUACUUCAUGGUGGUGUCUGUGGACUGGUACAUUGGCGGACGGUACCGGGUUUCCAAGUACUUCAACCAGAUCAUCAUUUCGGACAACCUCAGCUUCUACAAGUACGAACAGUUGAAGGAGAAGGGCGUGGAGUCUGUGUAG